AUGAAACAAUUCAGAAGUUGGUUAAAGAACAUGAUAAUAAGCUUUCACAACAUCAGAAGCUUAGAUGAUUCUACUAAACUAAUCAAUGAAGCACAUUCUCAAGUUUCAACCAUUCUCACUAAAGUCAAGUCAAUUACUUCCAAGCAAGAGAUUUGUAUGACUUCAUUUCAAACAUCUUUGGAAAUAAAUGUUGCUAAAAUGAACAAACUUAUUCUUAGUUUUCAUACUUCACUACAAAAUGAAAAUGAAACUUUAUCUAAAAAUCUCUUUGGGCUACAAAAGGAUAAUGUUCAUCAUCAUACCUCAAUUGCUAAUUCCAUUCUCACCUUACAAAUAAGUAAGGCUCAUGAAAACAAAAUCAUGGAUGUUUUAGCUGAAGCAACUAGGAAGAUCCAAUUUCUUAAGAUGAUCCAUAUGUUAACUACAAAGUUAAAUGAUGCUACGAGUAAAAAGGCUACAUCAAAACAAGGGGGAAAUGAAACACUAUUUCCAGAAGUCAACAUCAAGAAUCCUUAUAAACAGGUCCAAUGGAAAAGAACAGUGAGAAAACCAUUUGGAGAAGCAAUCUAUGGAAGAAAAAUUGAAAAUUUUGAGUUAGAUGAUUUGGAUCUGCCAUUGACAAAAGAACAACAAGAAAAUCAAACAAAGUGUGAUGCAUUUUUGGAUGAGCUUAAUGCUUUGAAUGUGAAGCUUAAUGCAAAGGAAGCUAAGAAGAAGAAUGCAAAAGAAAUUCUUGCAAACAAGAAAGCUCUAUUUCCUCCAUGGUCAAUUGAAAGAAUUGAAGAAGAAGCGCUCAACAAUCCAAAACUCUACUAUUUGGAACCUCGAACCUCUUUCUCAGUUGAUAAUGAUGUUGAUUGUUAG